GGCUCCUCGGAGCGAGGGGUCGGUUGGUCGGCUGCUUGUUGGUGCGGGCUCUAUUGUUAGGCGUGCGGGGCACCAUGAGGGGCGAUCGAGGCCGAGGACGUGGAGGGCGAUUCGGGUCGAGAGGCGGCCCGGGCGGAGGGUUCCGACCCUUUGUGCCGCACAUCCCAUUUGAUUUCUAUUUGUGUGAAAUGGCUUUUCCCCGGGUCAAACCAGCGCCUGAUGAAACAUCCUUCAGUGAGGCCUUGCUGAAGAGAAAUCAGGACCUUGCCCCUAAUUCUGCUGAACAGGCCUCUAUUCUCUCCCUAGUGACAAAAAUAAACAAUGUGAUUGACAAUUUGAUUGUGGCUCCAGGGACCUUUGAAGUGCAAAUUGAAGAAGUCCGACAGGUGGGAUCCUACAAAAAGGGAACCAUGACCACAGGGCACAAUGUAGCUGAUCUAGUGGUGAUCCUGAAGAUCCUGCCUACACUGGAAGCUGUUGCUGCCCUAGGAAACAAAGUUGUGGAAAGUCUAAGAGCACAAGAUCCUUCUGAAGUUUUGACCAUGCUGACAAAUGAAACUGGCUUUGAAAUCAGUUCUUCUGAUGCUACGGUUAAGAUUCUCAUUACAACAGUGCCACCCAAUCUCCGGAAACUGGACCCCGAACUCCACUUGGAUAUCAAAGUGUUACAGAGUGCCUUAGCAGCCAUCCGACAUGCCCGAUGGUUUGAAGAAAAUGCUUCACAAUCCACGGUUAAAGUUCUUAUUAGGCUGCUGAAGGACCUGAGGAUUCGUUUCCCUGGCUUUGAACCCCUCACACCCUGGAUCCUUGACCUACUAGGACACUAUGCUGUAAUGAAUAACCCCACCAGGCAACCUUUGGCCCUAAAUGUGGCAUACAGGCGAUGUUUGCAGAUCCUGGCUGCAGGACUGUUCUUGCCGGGCUCUGUGGGGAUCACCGACCCCUGUGAGAGUGGAAACUUCCGAGUACACACUGUCAUGACUCUGGAGCAGCAGGAUAUGGUGUGCUACACGGCUCAGACUCUAGUCCGAAUCCUUUCACAUGGUGGUUUUCGGAAGAUUUUGGGCCAAGAAGGCGAUGCUAGCUAUCUUGCUUCUGAAAUAUCUACCUGGGAUGGAGUAAUAGUGACACCUUCAGAAAAGGCCUAUGAGAAGCCACCAGAGAAGAAGGAAGGUGAGGAGGAGGAGGAGAACACAGAAGAACCACCUCAAGGAGAAGAGGAAGAAAGCAUGGAGACUCAGGAGUGACCAUCCCCUCUACACACCCCCCAUUUCAUUCUUCCAAGGGGCAGACUGGAGCCUACACUGCCAAUGGGCUUUCUGUGGAGGCAUUUCCAAGAGAUAGGUGAGACAGGGAAGGGAGACUUGAGCUGAUACUGGCUUAGUCACCAGACAUCCCUAUUAAUGUGUGCUCAGUGAAGUGAGGCAACGACUGCUUUUAAAGUUCUAGGGUCUUCAGCUCCUGGAAACUGCUCAGCAGUAAAUUUGAGUUGUUAAAAUGUGGUGAAUUGUUAGUGUCUGGAAACCCCCCCCCCCCCCCCAACAAAUAAUUGUAAUCCCUAUUAGGGCUUUUGCUCUGGUGUUUUUUUGUUAUUUUUUUUGCCAUCUGACACCUUUUUUUUGUCUUAUGUUGAAAAUGAGCGUCUAAUAAUUUGAAACUGUAUUUGAAUAAAAAUACAAAGACUUGGAACCUU